AUGUGUAAGAAUGGUGGUAUCUGUGAACCAGCAAAUGGGACUUGUACUUGUGGACUUGGAUGGACAGGAAGCUAUUGUGAAAAAGAAUGUGCUCUUGGAAAAUAUGGUUUUGAUUGUCAGCUAGAUUGUGCUUGUCUGAAUAAUGGGAUUUGCAACAAGUUUACUGGCUGCUGUCAGUGUGCGGAAGGUUAUUAUGGACAUUCCUGUGAACAUAUCUGUCCUUCAGGGUUUUAUGGUGUCAACUGCCAAUACCAAUGCAACUGUAAAAAUGGAGCUGUAUGCAUCACAACAACUGGGCAGUGUAUUUGUCCUCCAGGUUUCUAUGGUGUACAGUGUGACAAAGUAUGUCCUUCUGAGAUGUUUGGGGGAAAGUGUCUGCACCAAUGUAAGUGUGAUGGACCAGCUCAGUGCAAUCCAGUUAUUGGAAAAUGCUUUUGCCCACCCGGCAUAACUGGAGAUAGAUGUGAUGUUGGUGGCCCUCCAAAACUUCCUUCUUAUGAAGAACAAAUUCAGGAGAAAGGGAAUGCUUUUUCAAGACUGCCACAACAGGAACACUUGGACUAAUAAAUGAGCUGUUUUAAAUGCACAGGCGGUAUUUAACUCUGGAAAUGAGAGCUGCUAUUCAUUUCAGCUUGAACUGUACUGAAAAAUUCACACUUCUUCAUGCAAGUUCACAAUGUCCGUUAAGUAGCUAGGUCCCUUUUAAAAUUGUUUAGCUCUGUUCUUUUCUGUUUGUUUAUUCUUGACCUCCUGCUUCCUUCAGAUUAAUCUACUCUCAGUGUAAUUUCCAAGUGUCAAUCCUGUGUUUCUUACAACCACAAAACACAGAGAAUUUUUCUUCUUUGUCAUCAAACAUAUUGGGGGAACCGGUAUUUGAAAUGAAGGAUCACAAAACUUUGUUUGCUACAGAAACUGCAAAAGAAGGAUCUGAAUAGGGGUUUUUUGGUGGUUGUUUUUUCCUUUAUCAAGCCAAAAUAUUCAAGCUGUGCUUAAGGAAGCAGAGUGUUUUCAGAACAAACAGUAGCCAUUGUUUCAACAGGAGGAGAUAAUUAGCAAAAAUAAAAUAUCUGUACCCCAAUCCAGCAAGAAGCUCCACUUGCAGAUGCUGACAAGCAGGGGCUCAGCACAUCACAAGACAAGCAGAAGAUUGCAGUGUUUUUGUAUUUUUUAAUCUGUAUUGUUUUUUUAAUCUGUAAACUACUUUGUAUCCCAAUUUUGGGAGA